AUGUCCGCAUUGACCUCGACUGUCCCAAAUGGACAACUGGUGGCUGUCUCUAAUACCCUUACUCUCGCAAUUCUGGUUUUCAACCGGGGUCUUCUCGACGACAUUCUCAGCAACCCUGGCAAAAUUGUCAGCGAUAUCUUGUCAUCGCCGGCGACGACAACUCAGAACAACGAGCAGCCAGCCAACACGCCAGCGGCAGCUCAGACGCAGACUGCUGCUGCUGCUGUGCCGGCUGCAACGACGCCAGCUGCUGAGGCUCCCGUCGCGACGACACAGGCUCCGGUUGCAAAGCAGCCCGCCGCGACCCCAGCCGCAUCACCAAAGCAAGAACAGCCGCAGGAAAUACAUACUUCGUUGCCGCCCGCCCUCGUACUGCCAUCAACUCAACAGCCGGCACCAUCAACCAGUGCCGCGCCCUUGACUACAGCAGCAAAGAGUGCGAGUCGUGACGAAGUUCUCACGACAUCACCUCCUGUUGCUGCCGAGACUGUGCCCCCGAAGGCCGAGAACGCGGCCUCGUCACAAGUCCCUUUACAACCAGCCGUUAACUCAAAGACCGGAGCGGCAAGCAUUGAAGGAGCAGUCACUACAAAGACCGAAGCCACAAGUCCCACACAGCCGUCGCAGACACUUACACCUGGGGGCACAUCCAAUUCAACUAAUCAGGGGCCUUUGGUCGCCACUGGUGUUGUGUUGGGGAUCGUGGUCUUCCUUGGGCUAUCGCUCUUGUUGUUUUGGUGCUUACGGCGGAAGAAGAAGGCAGAUCGUCAUGAUCACACAGCCGUUCCAUCGACGAGCCCCGUUAAUGAACACGGGGACGUUUGGAUUCCCUCCGCCGCCGCCGAUCCCACAGCCGUCUCCGAUCCGGAUCUUCCGAUGGCCGACUCGCUCGUCUCGCAGUGGAGCGUCCACGCCGAGCGCCUUGACUAG